CUUCACAACACGACGUAUCUUUUUAAAACCAGAAGUCAAACUGCUUCGCUUUGCAACCAACCUGCCAUCGUUUGAGCCUAAUUCUGUCCGUAUUUGCUCGUUCACUCUUCAGUGGAAAGAUGCUGUCUAUAUUCAAAUCUAUCCCCUCGCACAUGGAUUAUAAAGGCCAAAAACUGGCUGAACAGAUUUUCCAAGGAAUAAUACUCAUUUCAGCGGCUAUUGGAUUUGUGUAUGGUUUGAUCGUUGAACAAUUUGGGUGGACCGUGUACAUCGUCCUGGCUGGCUUUGUUGUAUCCUGUGUGUUGACACUGCCUCCAUGGCCCAUGUACAGAAAGAAUCCUCUGUCCUGGCAGCCACCAAUUCCAGACAUCAGCCCGGAGUCCAGCCAAAAACCUCAGGAAACUCUCAAGAAGAAGAAACACAAAUAACUCGCAUCUGGUCCUGCUCGGCUGAUAACGCAUCCUGAUAAUGCAUCCUUUUGUCUCACAGUUCGCAUUUGGGAAAGAAAACAUUGUAACAGUGAUAAGUAAUUACUUGUGUCCAAAAAAUAAACAUCUGAUAUUCUGUUUUAUAAA